AUGAAAUCUGAAGAGAACAGCAGAGAGCUGCACCGACUGUUCACAUUUAACGAGCCGCUGGGCAGUAUUAUUCAGGAGGCAAAUGAACGUUGUCGACUAGCGAUCGCGAUUGGCGGUCGAAUUGGCUAUUCGUUGCCCUUUUUGUGCUUGGAUUAUGUAGGUAUACACUGCUGUGGUCAGCCAGAUUCAAUCCUGAAAUUUAAUUAA